CACCCCCCUCCCGAUUACCUAUAUCAGUGGAAACAUAUAUAUUUAUGUUGUGAACUAUGAAAACACCUGUGCUAGCUAAAAACACACACUAUAAUCGUGUGUGUUUAUUAUUUUAAAGAUUAGUUCCGCCCCCUCCAUUUGCCUCACAAUGGUUUGGUCCAUCAGUGUGCCCGUCCUAACGAACGUUAGCAGCGCGGUUGUUCAUGAAGCUAGCUCGGAGUUUUCGGUGGUGCUGGUGUACAAAAGUGGAGACACUGGAGGAAUAUUUAAGAUGCAGCGAGGUGUGUCCUCCAGUCUCAACAGAUUAUUGGGUCCGUGUGUAAUCCAGGAAAGGUCGUAGCUCACCUUUAAUCCCCUCCCAGGUGACAGUACACGAGCCGUUAUCACUACAGUUCCUCAGGUGAUUGAUUGGAGGACAUCAUUAACAUGGCAGUCACACUGUCCCAUCUGUUCAUGAUGGACUACAGAUGAGUGUCGUCAUGUAAAGAUUCAGAGGAGAAGACGUCACCUGCUAGUCUUCACAUAAUUUCAUUGCAAGGGUUUAUUUACAAGAUUCUACAAUUUCCUCAGCGUUUGACCUCCAAGGAGACUUCCACCCAGGCAGACGCUACCUUGCAUUCAAAGCUUGUCAUGCUCGGUAAGACAUAAGGCCAAGACCCGUCCUCCAUCCAAGUGUUGUGGAAAUCGAUGCAGUCGUUUAGACAAGCCAACCAACAAAUGGACACGGGUGAAAAAAUAACCUUCUGGGCAGAGAGAUACAACUGAUCGUCAUUUCUUCACACUAUAGGAAGUGACAUCACAUGUUGACAGCGUGGCUCGGUCACGCCUCCCUGGAAAUAAGGAGAGGGGAGAGGGCAUGAGAUAAACCGUGGUAGAUUCAGAGGCAGACAUUGGAUUGGCAUGGCUGUGAGCAGCUCAGCACAGCAAUCUACAUGCACAAGGCUCCUGCCUGGACAUUUGGAUUCUCUCUGCACAGCAACACUGCCUUGAAACGGUGCUGGACAGCGCAACAUUGAGCCGUGCUGUGUUUUCACAGCAUGUUGCCGAGCACUGGGAGAUAGAGAGGGAAUAAUAAAGGGGACAACCUUACCUCACACUUGAGCGAUGGUCCGUGAGCUUCUCUCUCUCUCGUUUCACAGCAUCAGGCUUUUCUACACAGAGACCUGGGACUAAUGGAGGGAUGCAGUGAUGUUACUGUUCGCUUGUCAUGCUUGAAUCACAGCUUCAUAUAUCCUUUUGUGUCAGAAGCCUUAUUGUCUUCGUCUGUCACCGCCGCCAGAUCAACUGUGGGGUAGCGCGGCGGACAGAGCCCCCUCCUCAACCCCCCUCUCCCUUGUCUGUGCCCCUGGCUUCUCAUCACUCCCGGCUCGCUCGUGUCUAUUUACCUCUCUUAAGCUACCCUCCCCUCUCUGUUCAGCGCCGUCUUUCUUGCUCUCCCACUCCCUACUGCUUACUAUCUGCCUCUCGUUGCUCCACCAAAGCAGGCAGUCAGCUCUUCUAUGCAAGAGGCUUGCUACAUGAUCUCCUGGACAACAGUUUUUGCCGCUGCUCUGCCACCUCACAGUUCCUGAGCCCUUCCAGAUUUUCAUCUCUACAACGGCAGGAUGUUCUUCCACGAGGAUUGAUCCCCUUCCACCCCCUUUCACUUUCCCCUUUCCCUCCCUUGUCCUGAUCUCCUGCCCUCUGACCCUCACCCUUUUGUUCUCUACCCCCGCCCACCCUCUCCUGUUUGCCCUUACCCCGAGCCUCUUUCCCCCCAUAAUUCAUUUCACCCUCUUGACCAUGUUGCCAUGUGUCUGCUGGCUCCAACUUAUCCUCAUCUUGCUGUCCUCUGUCUUAUGGACCCGGGGGGAAAACUGCCCAGCAACCUGCCUGUGCCCGGAUCCUCACACUGUGGACUGCACUGGCCGAGGGCUGACCCGUCUACCCGAUGAGAUCCCCCUGGAUGUGCGGAGGCUUUUGCUGGCCGACAACUGGAUUCCCCGCAUCCCCUCGGACUUCCUGGUUCUGUACAGUGACUUGGUCUACCUGGACCUCCGGAACAAUUCCCUCUCCCACAUAGAACCAGGGACACUCAGCACCUCUUCCAGGCUGGUCUUCCUGGAUCUGGGCAGCAACAAUCUGACUGAAAUACCCAAGGGGACAUUUGGGGAGUCCAGGAGCCUGAUCAAACUACGAUUGGGCAACAACCCCUAUCUGAGCAUGGUGAAUGAGGAGGCUUUCCUUGGGCUCACCUCUCUGAGAGAGCUGGAACUGGAGCGUAAUGCCCUGUCCACACUAAAGGUGGGGGCACUGAGUCAGUUGCCCUCCCUGCGGGUGGUGAGGCUAGAGGGCAACCCCUGGGUGUGCAACUGCAACUUUGCCAGCCUGUUCGCAUGGCUGAUGGAGAACAGUCACAAGCUUCCAAACGGAGUGGAAGGCAUGGAGUGCUCCCUCCCCAUGGACGGCAGACGCGUAUCCCUCACCCAGCUCUCAAAAGACAGCUUCCGUGAGUGCCAGGCCACCCUGACUCUAACAGACCUGCUCAUCAUCAUUUUCUCUGGCAUCUCAGUGUCUGUGGUGGCCAUCAUGACAAGCUUCUUCCUGGCUUCAACUGUUCAUUGCUUCCAGCGCUGGAGUAAAGGCACCAAGGGGGAUGAGGAGGAGAGUGAGGAGUGAUUGCAAGGUGGGGGGGUCAGUGUGGUCCUGGUACUUCAAACAAUGAGAGGACACCGCGGACGGUUUGCGCUACAUGUGACGAGUUUCAUGCUGCUUCCUCCCUGGUGAAUGUCCAGGACUGUUUGACGGUAGGAUCUAGCCCUGGUACGGUCGCAAUUGUUUGCUCUGCACAUGGACAUCAGAAAUGUGUAAACAAAGGACUUUCCCAAGGAAUGAGCCAAAGUUCCCUGCUCCACGUGCAAAAUGAUAUUUUAGAGAUCGUAUUGUUGGCUGUGAGAGGGCCUGUAGUCUUCUUUUUUGGCUACUGGCUCCUGGAUUGAUGUUUUAGACCUGCAUGAAAAUAAAGCGAGGUUAACACCUUUAUAAUGAGAGAGGAAACUGUUGCAGUGCUGUCGUGUUAGUCUUAGACAAGUUGAUGACUUCUCAGCGCGUAACAUUAACGUCACAUUGGACAAGCAACUCUGGAGCCUGAAAUCUUGUAAAUUCAUCUGAUGAUUUUCGAUGGGGGCAGAUUUAUCUGUGCAGGGCAGAAUGCUCGAUCCCAUUAACAAAAAAUAAAAAAUAAAAAAUAAAAAAAGGAUGUCAUACCGACCAAUGACCUCAGUAUUUAACUGCCUAUAACAUGAUAUGCUGGCAUAUCCUGCCAUUUACAAUGUCUCUUUUGGACAGCCUGACUAACACUCAAAAGUGGUUCACAAGCACCAGAGAAGGCAGAUUCUGUUCUCAGCAGCAGAGCUCGACCAAGACGGAUUCGGACAAUGGCGAGAUGCUAGGUAGCUGAUGUAGUGUAGGCAGGAAGAGUUUCCAGUGCGUCUACACGUUCUUUCAGCAGCAUAUUAAUUAUAUAAUCACAAAAUGUAUGUUCAAAAGAAAACGAUGUACAGUCAGACAAACGUAUAAAUCAAGAGGAUGUACUCUUAGAUUGAUAACUGUGUAGAAAGACUAGAAAGAUAUUUAAAACAGUAUAAUCUUAAGAAUUAUGGCAACACGGUAUUAAACUAGAGUAUGUAGAACUAUUGUGUCAAAUAACGCACUUUAUAUGGUGAACCUAAUUUUGGCAAGCCCCUUAUUACACUAGACAGGUUGUGUCUUCAUCUGCCAAAGAUUAGGUUUAGGUAAGGGAGAGAUUUGCUUACGAGCACGAUGUGUGACGACGAUCAUGAUGAUGAUGAUGUGUUGUUUCGUUAGCUAGGUACGGCUCCUUAACAGAAGGCAGCACUAUAGCCAAAUCACACUCUGUAUACACAUCUUGUACUCAGUCAAACAGUUACGGUCUCCAAAGAUAAACACUUUCUCCUAGUCUGUCUACGACUGAACCCUCUGUCUUACUUCUCUUCACGCACGGCAGUCUUGAACCUGUAUUUUACUUCAGAACAAAUAGUUAUCCACCAUAUUAGGGUGGAGGGCCAGAGGUUUGUCUCUUUUAGAUAUAAAACAGGUGACUUUUGUUUUGCUUAUGAUAACCAGAAUGAACACAUGAACUUCUCAGUCAGAUUAUUCUCCUUCUCAUAAAGAUCUUCCAGUAUCUUGUACUCAAGUAGCUGAUGUGAUAUCCUGAGGGCCUGACAGUAAACUACAAUCUAAACAGAAAAAAACAGGGCCCUCAGAAAUAUGGGUUUCCGUUUGUUGUUUGCAUCCUGUAUAUUUAAAUCCUCACUGGGAUUUGUAAAGCGCAAAAAGCUGGACUGGACUGUCUUUUUGUUUUUGUUUUUUUCCCUCAUAGCAAAGGUAUAUUGUAUUGCUUCUCACAUUCUUGUGCGGCAUGAAUAAUUCAGCAAAAACUGAGAUAUGAAGCAGAAAGAAUGUCAAGCUUCUUAAUGAAAAAAACAAGAUGAGGAUAGGAGAGAAAAAAGAGCCAUGAGCAAAUAGAGUCAUCGUUUUCUGUGGUUAACAAAAGAUAAAAAGGCAUUUCGAACGUCUGCGUCCCUUAAGAACAAGUCAUAACACUGAAUGUGCAGCAUUGUGGCGCACAUUAAAGUAAAUGUGGCCUUAUUUAUUUUUGUUAUUUGUCCUUAGUGUUCGCAUCAAUACAAGCACAAAGAUCUGACAGGAAACUAAAGUGGUUCUAGUGCACUCCUCGAAGGAUGUGCUGCAUCAUGUGUAGGUACCCGCCUGUAAUGUUUCCAUUAAUGUGUAUUGUCGCAGUAUCUUUUCAUUUAUGUGUAUUGUCGCAUCCUUAUAAACAAUGUAAGAUUUGUACGGUA